AUGAGGUUCUCUUCUUCUCUUCCUUCCAGUCCCAUAUCAUCCUGCCACUUACCACCCUCGUCUCAGCUUCAGCACCACAGACCACCACAGUUCCUGUGUCUCUCCUAUGAUUCUCCAUCCUCCCAGUCCCGCUCCCGGAGUCCACAGUACACCCCACCACGCUGGGGCCCGUUCAUACAGUCCACAGUACACCCCACCACGCUUGGGCCCACCCAUAUAGUCCACAGAACACCCCACCACGCUGGGGCCCGGCCAUACAGUCCACAGAACACCCCACCACGCUGGGGCCCGGCCAUACAGUCCACAGAACACCCCACCACGCUGGGGCCCGGCCAUACAGUCCACAGAACACCUCACCACGCUGGGGCCCGGCCAUACAGUCCACAGUACACCCCACCACGCUGGGGCCCACCCAUACAGUCCACAGAACACCCCACCACGCUGGGGCCCACCCAUACAGUCCACAGAACACCCCACCACGCUGGGGCCCGGCCAUACAGUCCACAGAACACCCCACCACGCUGGGGCCCGGCCAUACAGUCCACAGAACACCCCACCAUGCUGGGGCCCGCCCAUACAGUCCACAGUACACCCCACCACGCUGGGGCCCACCCAUACAGUCCACAGAACACCCCACCACGCUGGGGCCCGGCCAUACACUCCACAGAACACCCCACCACGCUGGGGCCCGGUCAUACAGUCCACAGAACACCCCACCACGCUGGGGCCCGGCCAUACAGUCCACAGUACACCCCACCACGCUGGGGCCCACCCAUACAGUCCACAGAACACCCCACCACGCCGGGGCCCACCCAUACAGUCCACAGAACACCCCACCACGCUGGGGCCCACCCAUACAGUCCACAGAACACCCCACCACGCUGGGGCCCGGCCAUACACUCCACAGAACACCCCACCACGCUGGGGCCCGGUCAUACAGUCCACAGAACACCCCACCACGCUGGGGCCCGGCCAUACAGUCCACAGUACACCCCACCACGCUGGGGCCCACCCAUACAGUCCACAGAACACCCCACCACGCCGGGGCCCACCCAUACAGUCCACAGAACACCCCACCACGCUGGGGCCCACCCAUACAGUCCACAGAACACCCCACCACGCUGGGGCCCGGCCAUACAGUCCACAGAACACCCCACCACGCUGGGGCCCGGCCAUACAGUCCACAGAACACCCCACCAUGCUGGGGCCCGGCCAUACAGUCCACAGAACACCCCACCACGCUGGGGCCCGGCCAUACAGUCCACAGAACACCCCACCACGCUGGGGCCCACCCAUACAGUCCACAGAACACCCCACCACGCUGGGGCCCGGCCAUACACUCCACAGAACACCCCACCACGCUGGGGCCCGGUCAUACAGUCCACAGAACACACCACCACGCUGGGGCCCGCCCAUACAGUCCACAGAACACCCCACCACGCUGGGGCCCGGCCAUACAGUCCACAGAACACCAGACUGGGGCCCGGCCAUACAGUCCACAGAACACCACACCACGUCGGGGCCCGGCCAUACAGUCCACAGAACACCCCACCACGCUGGGGCCCGGCCAUACAGUCCACAGAACACCCCACCACGCUGGGGCCCGGCCAUACAGUCCACAGAACACCAGACUGGGGCCCGGCCAUACAGUCCACAGAACACCACACCACGCUGGGGCCCGCCCAUACAGUCCACAGAAUACCACGUUGGGGCCUGGCCAUACAGUCCACAGAACACCACACCACGUUGGGGCCCGCCCAUACAGUCCACAGAACACCACACUGGGGCCCGGCCAUACAGUCCACAGAACACCACACCACACUGUACCAGUACACCCAAGGGGAGAGCCAGGCUUUGGGUUACAAAUGA